GUCAAGCGUUCAGCCGUUCGCGAGUGGCGCCGCGAAUGGUCAGCCCACCCUCACACCAAUCUCGCCGCGAUUGCGCUGGGCGACGUAGUACCACCAUCUACCACCCUCUCACCCUUCCACAAACAUUUCUCCGGACCGCGCGACGUUCAUACACGCAUCAUCCAAACAAUCACCGGUCACGGCUUCCGCGGCGACUACUACGCGCGCUUCGUUCCAACCGAAGUCACGGCUUGUCCGUGCGGCGAGGCGCCGGUCCAAACCCGCGAGCACAUCCUCGCAGAUUGCCCCCUAUACGAGCGUGGAAGACAUUUCCUCCGCGCAGUCUCGCCCAACAUAUCCUCCGCAAUCCUCCUCGGCACCCGUAGUGGCCUCGAGGCUCUCGCCAAGUUUAUCGCCACCUCGCGCGCUUUCGCCAAGUCUCCCCCCGAGCCCGUCGAUGAACCCUAA